AUGCUCCGUCGCAAACCCACAGCCAUCACCAUCACCUCAGAUGACAUUGCCGACUUCGAGCAGAAGCUCGCUGAGCGUAUUGCGUACCAGAAGUUUCUUAAGACCGGUGAGGACCCCAACGGCUGGUUUCGCAAAGCGCAACCGGGAGACCCGGACUUCGCCAUUCAGCAGCAGCGCGAGGCGGAGCAGCGCAACGCGCAGACCGUUGUUGAUCCGAAUGAUGAGCUGAAGCCGCUGCCUGGCGACAAAGCGAGGAUUGUGAGGAGUCGUGAGGAACGAAUCAUUGGCGCGAGCGGCACUGGGAACCAGACAGGCAAUGCCCGAUGA